UUCUCUCUUUCAUCGUUUUGUAUCCUUUCUCCAGCUAAUAACCUUAGGCUUUUGGGGCACCAUCUUCUCGUCCAGAACAUGGCUCCCCCGAGUGAAAACGACGAGCUCCCCAUACUUCUUCCAGUUCCAGAAGCAACAUCUCGUGAUCAAACUAGGGCUUUACACUCGAGGAAUCGUAGCGUUUCCUUCUCUAGUUCAACUUCGUACUCCACUAACAGAGUUGACAACUCAAAUGUUUUUGGUAGUGGUCCUCUUUACUCUACUCGUAGACCUGAUCAGUCUUUAUCCCUUCCCUCUCAUGUUCAACCUCCUGAAUCCUCCCUCUCCUCCUCUACCGUUGAUGUUCCUUCUGAAGAAGAUGAGUGCGUCUUGAAAAACGCAAACCUAUUGAAAUCUGGAGAGCUAGGGAUGUGUAAUGAUCCUUACUGUACUACUUGUCCUUCUUACUACAACAGCCAGACUGCUAAGUUUCACACUUACAAAGUACUUUCUGACUCUAGGACUCACAGUGCUCUAUAUGAUGAUGCUAAAGGCUGGGCUAAGCGGUUUGCUUCCUGUUUUCGUAGAUUCGUACCUGGAAUCAUUAAUCCUCAUUCCAAAUACGUUCAAAUGUGGAAUCGUUUCUUAGCCUAUUCAUGCUUGUUGUCUAUCUUUAUAGAUCCUGCCUUUGUAUUCCUCUUAUAUAUGAGUAGUGACAAAAAAUGCACAGAGAUUGAUUGGCCUAAGGCAAGAAUAUUUGUAUUGCUGAGAAGUAUGUCGGAUCUCAUAUUCUUCAUCAACAUGAUGCUUCAGUUUCGGUUGGCCUAUGUAGCUCCUGAGUCUACGGUUGUUGGUGCUGGCCAAUUGGUUGUUCAUCCAGGGAAAAUUGCCUGCAAUUACUUAAUAGGAAAGUUUCCUAUUGACGUGUUGAUAGUCUUACCUCUGCCACAGAGAAUGAUAUUUUCGAUACUACCAGCAAGCUUAGGCACACCCAAGUCAGAGUUUGAGCAGAACAUGAUCAUUACCGUAUUUGUACUCCAGUACAUUCCAAAGCUUAUUAGGCUUCUUCCACUUAUUGUUGGACAAUCACCAACCGGGUUCAUAUUUGAGUCAGCUUGGGCUAACUUUAUCAUUAAUAUUCUCACCUUCAUGUUUGCUGGUCAUGCUGUUGGUUCUUUCUGGUAUCUUGGGGGGCUUCUGAGAGUUAAGAAAUGCUUGUUCCAAGCUGGGAAUUUUACAAUGGAUGAUCGUAUAAAUCUUAUAGACUGUACUAAUGAGGUUAGCUAUCCACGAGCUGUCUGGAGUGAUAGUGAGAGUGUUAAUGCUUGUUUUCAAGAGGAUGGCUUUUCAUUUGGGAUCUAUUUGAAGGCAGUCAAUCUUACCACUGAACCUAAUAUCUUCACAAGAUUCAGUUUCUCUCUGUUUUGGGGCUUCCAGCAAAUAAGCACACUUGCCGGAAACCAAACCCCAAGUUACUCACUGGGGGAGGUUUACUUAACGAUGGGCAUCAUUGGACUAGGGCUUUUGCUUUUUGCAUGGCUUAUCGGUAACAUGCAUAACUUCCUUCAAGCUCUUGAUAGAAGGAGGACGGAAAUGAUGCUGAGACAGCGUGAUGUGAAGCAGUGGAUGAGCCAUAGACUGUUGCCACAGGAUAUAAGGAAGAGGGUGCGAGAGGCUGAGCGGUUCAACUGGGCUGCUACUAGAGGAGUUAACGAAGAAUUGCUGUUUAAGAAUAUGCCUGAUGAUCUUCAAAGAGAUAUAAGACGACAUCUUUUCAUAUUUCUUAAGAAGGUGAGGAUUUUUUCAGUGAUGGAUGAAGCAGUCUUAGAUGCUAUACGUGAGAGGCUGAAACAAAGGACUUACAUAAGGAGUAGCAUGGUCUUGCACCGAGGAGGUCUUGUUGAGAAAAUGGUAUUCAUUGUGAGAGGUGAGAUGGAGAGCAUUGGAGAAGACGGUUCUGUUCUGCCAUUGUCAGAAGGAGACGUUUGUGGUGAAGAGCUGCUCACUUGGUGCCUCGAACGUUCUUCUGUACACCCCGGUACAUCCUUUGUUGACUCUAUGUGCUCAUAA